AUGGUAAUAGGACGAGUGCGCAGGAGGAUAGGGGAUGGUAAAACGACACUAAUCUGGGGACACCCAUGGCUACCUGAUAAUCCUAGCCCUUUGGUGCAGACUGAUAUGCCUAUAGAGCUCAGGCAUGCUAAAGUGGUGGGUUUAAUAGAUGAACAAACUGCUACCUGGGACCCACAUAUUUUAUCAGACUUAUUUGAGGAUGAGGAUGUGAGUAGAAUACUGAGGAUACCUGUCAGUCCAGGUUAUGAGGACUCAUGGUAUUGGCCUGAUGACCCCAAUGGGAUCUACACAGUUAAAAAUGCCUACAGGAACAUUAUGGGUACUUAUGAUCACUCACCAGGGGACUUUGACAAAUGGACUAAAAUGUGGGGAAUGAAAAUUCCCCCAAAGUGGAAGACUUUUUUAUGGAGAGCAAUUUGUGAUAUUCUUCCAACAACUAACAACUUGAUUAUAAAGAGGGUGGAAGUGGAUCCAACAUGCAAGAUGUGUGGGCUAGCACAUGAGAAUAUUAUGCAUACAUUCAUCCUUUGUGAUUAUUAUAGACAUGUUUGGAAUAUUUCAGGAUUACCAAUAAUGAAUAUUGUUGUCAACUCAUUCCUUGAGCGGCUAACAAUUGUAUUUACAAUGUUCACAGAGGACCAAAGUGCAGCGGUGGUGGCAGUGCUUUAUCGCAUAUGGAGGUGCAGAAAUUCAGCAGUGUGGGACGCCACAUUGCCGCGCCCUACGGCGGCUUGGACGCAGGCCACGGCGGCACUGCAUUCUUACCGGCAGGUGGUCCGCCGCGGCUCGACACCCCUCUCGGCAGUUGCGACGGAUGGAGGCAGGGACACUACCCAACGGUGUUAUGUGGAUGCGGGAUACCGGGAAGACACGGGAGAAGCUACAUAA